AUGAAAAAUUUAAAUGAUGCUGAGGAAAAAGAUUCCGGAAAAGAAAUAUUAAAUGCAAUCGCUGAAGAAUUACGUCCUAUGGUUCCUUUUAAUGCUAUUUUACCUUCUGAAAAUAUAUGCAUGCCUUCAUACGGACCAGUUGACUGCAAAUCUAUUAAUACAAUACAUGUGGAUGAAUUUUUAUAUGAUGAUGAUUACAUAAAUAAAUUAAUCGAUGAUGGAGAAUUGUCUAGACAUUAUUGCGGAAAAUGCUUUAGUAAAGAUAUUAAAUUAUUAACUUUCAUUUCACAUUCCAUGUCGAUUAGUAGAAUUCAUUAUGUGUUUAAAUAUCUAUUAAAGCCAUUGGAAACUGAAACGAUAUUAGAUGUGGGGUCAAGAUUAGGUCCUGUUUUAUAUGGGGCCUACAUUUACACAUCAAGUCCAAAUAUAAUUGGAGUUGAAAUUAAUUCAGAACUUUGUAAUUUCCAAUCGAUAAUUGUAAAAAAAUUUAAUUUCGAUGAUAGAAUUAAAAUUGUGUGUAACAACAUAUUCAAUUGUAUGGAUAUAUUAUCUUCUGCGGAUGUAAUUAUUUUAAAUAACGUUUUUGAAUUUUUCGGUGACGGUGACACAUCAAUUUCUUCAUGGCAGUUGUUGGCGAAGACGAUUAAAAUCGGUUGUAUCAUCGUAACGGUUCCUCAUUUGGAAGAAACAUUUAAACAUUUUAAAGUAAAUUUUGAUUGGAAAGAUUGGGUCGACGAAUUAGAACCGUACGAAAAAAAUUUUUAUGGAGACGAUGAUGAAGAAUAUGAAAAUCAUGCAAAAAAUGUUAAGCAUUAUAUGGUUAAAAAAAAAUUUGAUAAUUUUUAA